AACCUCUGAAGAGCUGCUAAACUCUGGAGUCUGCACCUCAACCAACAUGGAACAACAACCCCUCCAACCGCAACAGGGAGAUUUGAACUGGCGCCUCAGCGCCCACCCGAUCACCUUGCUGUUCUUCCUGGGCUUUCGCAUUAGUGCCCUGUUGAUGUACCUUUUCGGUGUUCUGUUCAUCAAGAACUUUGUCCUGGUUUUCAUCCUAACGCUGCUGCUCCUCUCCGCGGACUUCUACUACCUCAAGAACAUUGCUGGACGUCGGCUAGUCGGACUGCGCUGGUGGAACGAAGUCAACACCUCGAGCGGCGAUUCACACUGGGUCUUCGAGUCCUCGGAUCCUACCACCCGCACAAUUGCCGCCACGGACAAGCGGUUUUUCUGGCUUAGUCUGUAUCUUACGCCUACGCUCUGGGUUGGCUUGGCUAUUUUGGCCAUCAUCAAAUUGAGCAGUGUAAUCUGGUUGAGUUUGGUUGCUAUCGCUCUAGUACUGACCAUCACGAACACGCUCGCUUUCUCCCGGUGCGAUCGCUUCAGCGUCGCCAACAGCGCGCUUUCCGGGGGCAUCAUGAGUAACCUUGCGGGAGGACUGCUGGGCAGACUCUUCAAGUAAAAUCGGCAUGUUUCGUACUGUGUAUGAUCUUCGUCUGUCUGUUUGUGCUCUUUUAUCACCGGCCUGAAUCUAUGUGCAAUUCAGGAUUCGCCGACCAACAUGUAGCGAGCUUCAGUCAUCAAUCCAGAAUAUCUUCAAACCA